UAUGGAGGAGAGUUCGGAUGAAGAAUUCAUAGACGUGGAAACCGUUGAAAAUUGCUUAAAAGGAGUCACCGAUUGCGAUAUACUAAAAUGUCGACGUAGAAAAAGACCCUGGGAACCGGGUUUGAGACAUAGACUGGUCCUGUAUGAAUGUAAUAUCUGUUAUAAUAAUUUCAAGACCUUUGAUGACGUGCUAAUCCAUAUUCAGAUUGUAUUAUUAGGAGAAUCGGCAGUUGGAAAGUCGAGUUUACUAUUAAGACUCGUAAAUAAUGAAUUUAACGAAUAUCAAGAAAGUACUAUAGGAGCCGCCUUCCUUACACAAACUCUCGAAGAUGCAACGGUAAAAUUGGAGAUAUGGGACACAGCCGGUCAAGAAAGAUAUCACAGUCUAGCUCCAAUGUAUUAUCGUCGAGCAAGAGCUGCCGUUGUUGUUUACGAUAUCACGAGUCAAGAUUCAUUUCAUAGGGCUAAACAAUGGGUUGAAGAAUUACAAUUGAAAGCCAGCUCUAAUAUUGUUAUUGCCCUUGCCGGUAAUAAAUCUGAUUUGAGCAAGCAUCGUGCAGUAGAAAUUGAAGAAGGAAAAGUAUACGCCGAAGAAAAUGGGUUGCUAUUUAUGGAAACUUCUGCAAAAUCUUCACAAAAUGUACAGGAAUUCUUUACGAGAUUAGCCAGGAAAAUACCUAAAGGUGAUAAUAAUUCGAAUGAGAAGAUAACAAGAGGUGUAGCUCUACAAGAGAAUAGAAAAUACUAUCGGAUGCGUAAAAUCGAAGACAGUUUUAAAAGUAGAAUGAACGCCGUUGAGAGUUUAUGCUUUAAAUUCUAUUCGGAUCAUUUGAGAAGUCUUCUUCAAAUAGAGUACAACUUUGAAGAAGUAUGUAGGAGAUUAGGGAAGAAGAGAAAGAUAAAUAGUAAAGAGGAAGAGAAUCUAUUGAAUCUAUAUAAAAAACUCAAUAAAGAUAUGGCUAUUGAAGAAUUGAUAAUGAUUCUGAAGAAGGAAACUUUUAACCUUAUCAUUUGUAUAUUAGAUAGUUUUGAUAAGAAAGAUAUCUCUCAUCUGGCUAAUAAUCUUCGAAAUAAAGAUACAAUAUGGAAAAUACUUAUCGAUCGGACAAAGAUAGAGAGGAGAAGAGAUUCAAGACAGGUUGCUCUCUUUCCCUUUGAAAAGACAAAUUCUAUUAGUCUAUUAAAUGUAGAAGGAUCGAUAAGAGUAUCUCAUAUCAAUAAGAUAGACAUUUCUGAUAGGACUCUAUUACAAUCGGAAUUAACUUUUGAAGAUUUUCCGAAUAUUCUUGAUAAGAAUUUCAAUAAGAUUUCAAUUAAAGGAGAAUCGGGAAUUGGAAAAACUAUUCAUAUGAGAUAUCUCGUCUACACUUGGGCAAAAGAUCUAUGGAGGAUAGAUAAAAAAGAUAGACUGCUUAUAGUACUCAAUUUAAGCAACUUUGAACCGGAUAACGAUAUCUAUGAUGAGAUUAUUAAACAAAAUUUUACAAAUGUUCCUUUCGUAUCUAAACAGAUUAUACAAUGUUUGUUUAAGGAGAAGUGUCAAGAUAUCUUACUACUCAUCGAUUCAGCGGACGAAUAUGAUUUUGCUGAUCGUUCCAUAUAUAAUAUCGUCCAUCGGCAGGAAAUUGACGUUCCAACAAUCGUUUGGAGUAGAAAUUGGAAGGCUGAUGAAAUUUAUAGAACCUGUAAUAUUACCUUUGAACUUGUAGGCUUAAAUAUAGAACAAUUGCAAUCGUUACUAAAGAAAUGUUUGGGAGAUGAUAGAGAGAAGAGAGUAUUCCUCGAUAACGUACUAAUAAAUAAUCAAGGAAUAAGGAAUCUUUGUAGAGUACCACUUCUAGGUUUAAUACUUUAUCAAGUUUGGAAAGAGACUGGUAACAUAUUCGAUAUUAAUCAAUAUCAAAUUUACGAUGAUAUUGUAAAUCUUGUUCAAGAGAGGAAUAGAAUCUUUAGGAGUAAAGAUAAUCAGUAUAACAUGACCCAUUUCUAUGGAUUAUGCUUUAUAAAUCUUAUUGAGAAGAAGACAAAGUUCAUUUUGAAGAUUGAAGAUGCUCUAAUAGUUGAGAAAUAUUUUAAAGGUAUUCUCCAAAUUAUACCAGAACAAUCAAUUCAUUCAAAUGAAACGGAAGUACAAUUUUAUCAUUCAUCCUUUCAAGAAUAUUUCGCUUCGCAAUAUCUUAUAAGAGAAUUCGAAAAGACAAGCAAAAACUGGUAUGGAAAUUAUCAACAAGCUAUUUCCGAUAGGAAGAUGAUUAUUAAAUUUUUAACGAAAGGAAAAUGGAUAGAGAUUUAUCAUAUUUUGAAUUUUAUUAAAGAAUAUUCGCAGAUAAUCUACGAAAAAUUAAUAGAAUAUUCGAAAAAACUGUCGGAAAUGUUCGAAAAUGUUCAAACUCUAUUGAAAUGCUUAAAAGAUGAUGGUACAAUAGUUACUAUUAAUAAUGAGAUAAUCCCAGAUUAUAUAUUAACAAUAUUUUUGGAGAUGAAAGGCGAAAAUAUCGAGACGAUAACGCUUAUCGAUUCGGAUAUAAAUGAAGAGUUAUUAUUUCAACUUCUUUCAAAAUAUUGCCCAAAUUUGAAAUAUAUUUUUAUUGAAUCGAAUAAAAAUCAGAUUGAUGAUUACGAUAUUAUCUAUUUAGGUAAUAUUUUAGAAUUAAUAACUGGUACGGAGAUAAGAAACUUCUAUUACGGAGAAAAGAAAUUCUAUAUAUUUCGGGAAAAUGAAUAUGAGAAAACUGGUAGAAAUCGUUUUAUAGAAAUAUUAACAAUUUCAAACAAACAUAAUAAUAAUGAAAUUAUGUUAAAAGUAACAUUUGGACCUUGUUUUAUAAGGCAUUUAAAGGACGAAAGCCAAAUAUCAUUGCAGUAUCUUCCAUUAAGUUUCUUAAUCUUUGUCAAUGAACUUUUCUCCCUUCAAACGUUAACGAUUAAGAAUAAAAUAUUAGAUACAGAUUUCAUUAGUUUUAUCUUUAUGAUCAUCAAAACAAAAAUGGAAAAUCAAAAUCUAAAAGCAAUUUAUUUGGAGAAUUGCGAAAUUGAAGAACCUAAUGAAAAUUUUUUAGAGAAUUGUUUCCUGUACAUCUCUUCUUCCUCUGAUAAUAAUGAUGGAGUUGAUAAGAAGAAAAAACAAAGGAAUUUAAAUACUAUAAAGAUAGAAACGAAUUUAAAUGAUCCACUCAAAUUUAUUAUUAAUCCUGAAAAUAGAGAACAAAAGAGAACGUUAAUUUUCCAUACAAAGACUCCUAAUUCAAAGGAAAUGCAAUAUAUUCAUUGUUUAAAGAAGGCUAUUCAAAGGGAUAUUAUUCGAAUAUCUCCCUUUCCUAUUGAUUUAUAUAAUUGUAUUGGAGAAGAUUUCCAAUCAGAGAUUCUGGAACUUUUAAAGAUAUGUAGUAAAACUUUAAACGUCCUUGACCUUUCAUCAUAUCACGAAAGGGAAAAGAAUCCUCAACUUCUCUCAGAAAUCUUUGAAAACUGCUCAGAAUUGGAAAGAGUCUCUUUUAAAGAUUUUAAUCUAAUACAUACUUUUGAACAAUUAAAAAUAGGAUUACUUUAUUCUUCGAAAACUUUAAAAAUGGUUGAAUUCGAAAAUUGUAUAGCCAAUGAGGAGAUAGCAUUAGGAUUUGGAGAAUGUUUUGUAGUUUUUCCAAAUAUGGAAACAUUAAAAUUACAAGAGGUAAAAAAUAUUGAAAAAGGAUUUGAGAUUAUCUGCAAUGGAUUAAAAUUUUCUAGUCAUAAUCUGACUAAUUUAAAUUUUCAAGGAUUAAAUUUAAAAGAAGAACAGGGAAUACAACUUGGCGAUUCGUUAAAGCACUGCACGAAUUUGGAGGCAUUGAAUAUUUCCAAAAUAAUUGGAAUUGGUAAAGGUUUUACAGCAAUAUUUCAAGGUCUCAGAUCGUCCUGCAAUCAAUUUAAACAUUUAAAUAUUUCCUAUUGCGAUUUAAACGCCAAUCAGAUUCGUUAUCUUGGAGACGUUCUAAGCAAUUGUAAACUUAUGCAAACGGUCGAUAUCUCUCAUUCAAAUCAUUUAGAAAAUCAUCUUAUAUUCAUUAAAGAUGGCCUAGAGCCGUCUGCGCAUCAUCUCGAAAGUUUAAACUUUACCAAUUGUUCAAUGAACGGUGACGAUGGUGAAUGUUUGGGAGAACUUCUCAAACAGUGCUCAAAUCUGCAAUAUUUCAAUAUGUCAGAAAAUAGUGGAACAAACGAAGGUUUCUACGCGAUAUGCGACGGUCUAGUAUCAUCAGCGGCGACUAUAAAACAAUUAAACUUUUCAAAAUGUUGCCUAAACGAGAAUCCUGCAAAAUAUCUUGGUUUCUUUCUAAAGGAAUGUACAACUUUAGAAACGUUCAAUUUAUCUGAAAAUAGAAAGACAAAAACCGGAUUUAAUACAAUAUGCAAAGGAUUAAAAUCUUCUUCUCAAUAUCUAAUUAAUUUAAACUUUUCCAGAUGUAAUUUAGACGAAGAUCAAGCGGAUAAUCUUGGUGAUCUUCUUCAAAAGUGUACAAUACUUGAACAAUUCAAUUUUUCUUGGAAUUCAAAUAUUGAGAAAAGAUUAUCUUCCGUUAUAAACGAAUUGAAAAUAACUGCAACUAUAGAUUUUAAAAAUUUACAAUAUUGCCAAAAGAUUCUGAACGAAGAACAAACGCAAUGUCUUGAAGAUCCUCUUAAAAAUAUUAAAAAUUACAAACUAUUCAAUAUCUAUUGUAAUUCAGAUUUUGAUAAUGGAUUCUCUAAGAUAUUCGAUGGAUUAAAAUCCUCUUCCAAUAGUUUAAAGUAUCUAAAUUUUUCUCAUUGUAAUAUGGAAGAAUACGAUGCCAGAUACUUUGAGGAUCUAUUGAAUCUUUGCAAUAAUAUUAAAGAAUUCCAUUUUGCCGAGAAUAGAUGCCUUAAAAAUGGAUUUAAAGCUAUUUGUAACGGAUUAAAAUCCUCUGCAAACAUGUUAGAAAUUUUAAACAUUUCCGAUUGUAAUUUGGAUAGAGAUGACGGUGAAUUUCUUGGAGAACUACUAAAAGAAUUGGAACGUCUAAGAGUAUUAAAUAUUUCGUCGAAUCCAACAAUUGGAAAAGCGUUUAAAGUUAUUUUUAACGGAUUAAGACAAUCGUCGAAUUAUCUUCAAUAUUUAGAUUUUAGCUUAUGCGAUCUACAGGAGAAUGAAGGAAAAUAUCUUGGAAAUCUUCUUAAGUAUUGUCCAUUUUUACAAACGUUCAACUUUUCCGAAAAUAGAAAAAUUGGAAAAGGUUUCUUUUCAAUUUGCGAAGGCUUGGAAUCUUCAAAAAUUAGUUUAAAAGAUUUAAAUAUAUCGCAAUGUAAUAUAGGAGAGAAAAGAGCUGAACAUCUUGCGUCUCUUCUUCAAAAAUGUAUUCUCAUUGAAAGAAUUGAUAUAUCUUGUAAUUGUUUUAUGGGUAAAGGAUUUCAUUCAAUUUGCAAUAGUCUUAAAUGUUCGUCGGACGUAUUAAAAAGUAUAAAUUGUUAUAAAUGUAGUUUGGAAGAGAAUCAAGGAAAUGAAUUGGGAAAACUUUUGAAAAAAUGUAAAAAUAUGGAAAUUUUUAAUAUUUCAUAUAAUUUCAAUUUUGGAAAAGGUUUUAAUUCCAUUUGCGAUGGUCUUAAAAUAUCUUCAAUGAAUUUAAAGGAUUUAAAUUUUUCUCAAUGGAUUUUAAGCGAAAAUCAAUUGGAAAAUUUUAAUGAUCUUCUUAAUCAUUGUAUCAAUCUUGAAGUUAUUAAUAUUCAUUCCAAUAGUAAAAUAGGUAAACAAAUUGAAGAUGUUUGCAAUGGAUUAAACUCUUCAAUAUCCUCAAUUAAAAAGUUCAAUCUAUCUAAAUGUAUUAUUGAUGAAGAUCAAGCGAAAUUUGUUGGUAAUUUCCUUAAAAAAUGCAUUAAACUAGAGAUUUUCGAUGGUUCUUUAAAUUGUUACGGUAAAGAUGGAUUUAAAUAUAUAUGCGAAGGAUUAAAAUCAUCCUACGCCUCAUUAAGAAUAAUUAAAUUUCAAGAAUGUAAUUUAAGAGAAUACGAAAGUACUUACCUUGGAGAUCUUUUGAAAAAUUGUACUAAAAUCGAAUCUUUGGAUAUUUCUUUUAAUCCUCAAAUAGAUAAAGGAUUUAGAGGAGUUUGUAGUGGAUUGAAAGCCUCUUCAACAAAUCUGAAAAUUUUAAAUAUUCUCGAAUGUAAUUUAAGCGAAAAUGAGACAAAAUAUAUUAGUGAUCUUCUUAGACAAUGCUUCAAUUUGGAAAUAUUUAACAUUUCUUGGAAUAAUAAAAUGGGAAGAGGUUUCAAUUCAAUAUGUAAUGGAUUAAAAAGUUCAUCUAAAAACCUUAGUUUAUGGCUCUCAUUCAAUAAUCUAAACGAACAGCAAGCGGAAUAUCUCAUCAAUUUUUCUGGACAGUCCUAUUCAAGAAUCAAUUAAGACGAUUUGUGCAGUAUAACCUCUUUUCCUUAGUACUUUUUAUAAAUCUUCUAAUACAGUAUAAAAGUUUUAAAUCAAUUUGACAAACAGACAGACAGUUAGUUAUAUUUAGCAAACAAAAAACUGUGCAAAAAUUCUCUUCUCUUUACAGUAUUUCUCGCAAUCUUCUUUGUCCAAUUCCAACUCUUUUAUAGGGCAUAUUAUAUUAUCAUCUCCAUUAGAAACACUAUCGGUAUUAGAUAGUACAUAGUCUUCUUAAAUGAAUUUUUCUUAAAACUCUUAUAAUGCAUAUUCAUUAUUUCACAUUAUUCACUUGGCUCUUUGCCAAGAAUAGUCGUUGGACUCAUCCACCACAUUACCUUUCCUAGGAAAGAGGCACAUUCGUUGAAUAGGGAAUUAUAUCUCUUGCAUCUCUCUCGAUAUCGCUAUGUCCGGUGUAGAUCUCGAAGGUACGUUCUAUAAUCUUGCGAUUGAUGUAUCCGAACUUGAGAUUGUAGAUAGAUCUUUGGUCCAGGAAUAGGACGAGGUCGUUGGGUUAAAGAUUUAGCUUAUAUUUGUCCUUGUACGAUUCUGUUUUCUUGUGCAUAUUGUUAAAUAGUUAUGUGCAACAUCUUGCAUUUAAACGUUGGCGUUCUUUAGAAAUAACAGCAGGAUCGUAUUCACCGUAAUUUUAGAUACUAUGAAUUUAGACCACUAUUAUGUAAUUAUAACAAAUCAAUCAUUUUUAGAUAGGUAAACAAUUGUAUACCCCAAAUGGGCUCAAUAAUGUUAAUAUCUGGGCUAUUUGCAGGCCAGUUUUCUAGUAAUUUCAUCUCUUUCCUUAUGAAUGUAGUAGUUGUUUUUGCUGUGUGGCAGCUCGCUCCAUCUUGCUGGAAAAUUUCACCCCGUUUGUAUGUAGAUAAGAUAUUUUCUGAGAUUAUAUCUAUAUACCCAUUGGCAUUCAUUCAUUCAUUGCAGAGUCCUCUGUCUCCAUUAUAUUUUAUAAAUCCAAAGACCGUGAUGUUACCACCAUCAAACUUUACUGUUUUAGUGGUAUAUUUUGGAUCAUUUCUUUUACCAACUGGCCUCCUAACAUAUUCCCUUCGACGGGGAUGCAGUUCAAUGUUGCUUUCAUCGCUGAAUAUUACUUUUCUCCAUCUAUUUGAGCUCCAUUUAAGCUUUUGCUUACAGAAUUGUAUUCUUUUCUUAAUUUACUUUGUAUUUAGAGCUGGCUUCAUUACAGAAAUUCUGCCAUUUAAUUUAUACUUGCAUAAGAUUUUUUUCAUACUAGAUAGUGAUAUCCCAAUAAGAACUGCAGAGUUUUCCAAAACUUCUCUAGCUGUCCAUUUUGGAUUCGAUCCGCAUGUCUUUGUGAGUUGCAGUUCCAUCCUCCUGGUGAUUUUACAUUGGUCUACCAGACCUAUGCAGAUCAUUAAUUGUUUUAAUAUCGCGACUGUCGGUCCAGAGAAAUCCAUUUCACAGUUCUUGAAGGGACAAUAGAAUAACGAGCAUCGACUAUAAUCUUCCUUGUUAGAUGAGAUUCAUUCAAUCUUCCGAUGGUAGUAUAAGUUCCGUCAUCCUCCUCAUACAGUGAAUAAUUAUUUAUUUUCUAAUAAUUUAUUUAUUGGCAUCGUAGCUUGUACGAGUUUAAAUAGAUAUCGUUGGGCUAUCUCGAGUUCUCUUGUAUUCACUUCGUCAUCAUUAUUUCUAUCAUACGGAGGGGAUUAAGCUUUGAAUUUGAAUCUUAAAAUGCAUGCCAUAGUUCGUCUCCCAUUAACUCGAAGGUAAGGUCCACGGUUAGCAUGUUGAUUGUAAUAUUAGGUUUAUCAUGAACGAUUUUUAUUUCCUUGAAGUCUUCCCAUUUCUCUCUCAUCUUUCUUCUUACCUUUGUUAAGUAAUCAGCAGGGUUAUCUUCUGAUCGAAUGUCACACCAGCUGGCUUGUGAUUCGGUUUUAUUGAUUUUACUGCAUUACGUAUAUAUUUUGCUAGUUUUAAAUCUCCAUUCUCUAAGUAACUAAGCACUAUUUGACUAUCAAGAAAUACUUUGAUUGGGAUCUCGGUAAAGAUUGAUUUAUAGAUUUUCAAUAAAGUUUACCAUCAAUUCUGCUCCAGGGAUUCCAGGGAAGACGGAAGAAGAUGCCAACAGAUAGCCUCUCUGCCCAGUGACUGCAUAGACUGCUGCUCCGUACGCUAUGUCUGAGGCAUCUGCGUAAAUGUGUAUAAAGUUGGGUGAUGGUAUUUGUCUUGCAAGUGAGUAGGAACCAGAGAUGUCCUUUAAUACCUUGUUGAUAUUAGUCUAAUUAUUACUUCUUUUGUCCCAAUGUAAACCAUGAAAAUCCGAAAUGAGGACUUUCGCUUGUAAUUUCACAGGUUCUAUACACACCAUAAUAUCGUAUAUUUGUGUAACAUACGAAUAAAAUUGACGUUUUGUGAAUGAGGGUCCUAUAUCUCUAUUCUGUAUAUUGAUUUCGAUCUCAUCUGGAUCCGGGUUAUAGGUCAGUCCUAAGACCUUAAUAGGGUUGUCGAUGUUUUGGAUAUUUAAGGACAAGCGUGAAUGAAUGCAAUUACUAUUGGUAGCAUAGUUUGCUAGGCAUAGAUUUUUGGCUGCUAAUUCAGUGUUUAAACGAUAAGCUAGGUUUUCCAGUUCCUGUCCAAAAUCAGGUCAUUAUGUAGAAUGAUUUCGAUAUUAUUUUCUUUUCUUGGGAGGGAUAAGGUGGAUGUUUGUUAAAUAGUGGUGCUUAUAGCCGUACAUGCAACGAACGGAGAACUUGUAGGUCCAAAAAUAUGACGUGUGAUAACUGCUGAUAAUAUUCUGUCUUGUUUUCGAGGGUCUUCAUAUAAAAAGUUAAAAUAAGAUUGAUCAGUUUAGUCGACAUGUAUGUUUAAAAACAUAUGUUUAAUAUCUGCUAAGAUAAAGUAUGGUUUGGUUCUCCAUAACGUAAGAAGAUGGGCUUAAUUGGAUUACGAGGGUCCUGGAAAAAGUAUAUCAUUGAGAGAAUAACCUUUAUAUUUAACGGCUGCAUCAAAAAUUAUGCGGAUAGAGUCCUUUUUUGGAUUUAUCACACCAUGGUGAGGGAGAUAGAAUUUUACCUCUUCAGGAGAUACCUGGCGUGCAUAUGAAUUAUCGAAUAGAGAUCGUAUGGCCUUCCUGUUCUCGUCAUUGUAAAAAGGUUUACGUCGAAUGUUUAAAAAUCUACUUUUUGCCAUAGGAUAUUUGGAUCCCAUUUGAAUGGUAAUUUCGUUGGAUAUAUUUCGCCAAAUUCUCUGUUGCGUGAUUGUCAUCUAUUGAUUAGGAAGAUUCUGAAUCAAUAUCAUCUAUUUCAGAUAGUUCUUUAAUUGUAUCGAUAUGGUGAACACUAGAGCUAGUCUCUUGAUAGAGCAUAUUACAAUUUAUUGGAUUUGGAUGGACUGUUGCUGUAUAUGGAGAGGUGGAUCUAUACCAUCCGAGGGCAUCUUUAAUAUAGGCAUAGUUCUCAGUGGUGUAUAAUUCAAGAGGUACGUGAUGUAUGUUUACCAUUCAAAUCUGAGCUUAGUUCUAUGAGUAGAUUUAUAUUACCACUAGGUACAGACGGCUCCGUAUAAUUCGGAUUAAUAUACAUCUCUGGCUGCUCCAGUAUAGAAGAUAAUGAAUCUAUGACACAGGCAACGACAUCAUAAAUUCUGCCUAAGUGCGGAAAUAUGAUUCGAACUUUCUCUGUAGUGAUUGUUUGAAAUUCAUUGUUAACAUAAGAUAUGUCAAUCCAACAGACAUUUCCUGUAUCUGAUGUGCACAAUAUAUCUUCUAAAUAUUGUCUGCUAAUUAAGGAAACGGCUGCACCCAUAUCAAUGAGAGCUGUGAUUUUACAGAAUUGCCAGAUAUUGGGAUUUUUACCGUUGCGGCAUAUAUGGGCAUUCUCUUUGUCGCCUUCUUUGUAUAGUUGUGGUUUACAGUAGCUUUAGAUUUAGGAAUCGUCUCUUCUUUGUGAUACAGAGAUGUGCGAUGAGUUUGAUCGCACUUUUUUGCUACUAAAUUUUGAUUGACAAUUUUCACGUGUGUGCCCCACCGCGUAGACAGUUCGGACAUCUAUGCAGUAAAUGGAUCAACCUUUGUCUUCCCUUCAGAUCAGAAUUUAUGUAAAUUGGGCAAUAAGCCAAACAUGUAUGAUUUUCGGUGCAUAAACAUCUGGAAUUCUUGUGUUGGUGAUAUAGUUUGUGGUUUUCUUUUUUUACCAUUGUCUUCUGAGUUCGAAAUGGGAUAUGCAUGCUUCUUAAAUUGUUGUUUCGGUGUCUGUUGUCUUUAGGGAUAUCAGAUUGUUUGAAAUUACUAGAAGCUACUACGCUCGUUUCUGUAGUCCUCCAUGGAAGAGAACCAUCUUCGAUAGCUUUGAUGACUCCUACAAUAUAUUGUACUAGUUUCGUUACAAUCAGAUCAAAGUUACUUGUGUGUUUGAACAUAACGUUAUCAAUAUGACUCCGGAUAUUUAUUGGAAGCCUUUCAAUAUAUUGUUUUAGUUUGUCAAACUGUGAGCGUCCUUUGUAAUUCGGGAGGUUCAAAAACAUAAGAAGUUUCUUGAACCUCCUCCGCUAUUUAACGUUUUAGUAUCUGACAUCUUUCAGAAUCUUCUGUGUCUGCUUCUCGUAAUGGAACGAUAAUAUCCCUAUAGAAUUUCCGCCAUUAAACUUCUCGGAAGAAAACAACUUUUUUGUUCCUUAGAGUGCAGAUUCUAGAAUUAGAAUAAUUCGAAGAAGAUCCUCUGUCAUUUUGACCGCCAUUCUCAAAUAACAUUACGUUGCUUUUUUGUUUCUCAUGGAUUUGAACUUUUUGGAUUAUCUUCGAAGUUAGGCCAUAUUGUAAUUCGACCGUUGGGGAAUGUUCCAAUUCUUGCGUUCGAAUACGGAUGGAUGACUUGCAUGAUUCUUUAGUUGAACCUGACUGAAUGGAUCCUAUCAUUUGAAUGAUGCACUCCAUUUGUGUCGUCAUCUCCGUUCUCAUAGCGUUGAUUUUAAGCGUUCGAUUCCUCGAAUUUUUCCUCAAAUCCCUUCCUUUGCUCCUCCAGUUUUUCAUCUAGAGUUGAUGAGUCGACCAUAUUUGUCCGUUGAGUUGUCUCCAAUUGAUUUGGAAGGUUGGUGCAUUUAGGAACCAUUUGGAUUGGAAUUUGUCUCUUCCUCGACAUUUCAAUUUAUUGUAGUCGACGAAUGAUUCACGAUCAUAGGCCAUCGUCUAAUUUCACUAAGAUAACGC